GCUAAAUUUUGCAUACACUCUAAAUAGCCGGCGCACCCUAGAGAAAAUUUUUUAAAAUUUAUUCAAGGUUAAGUAAAAUAGAGGAAGACAAAUCCAGAAGGUAAAAUUUGUACAACGUUCUUCAUAAUUCAUACAGUAAUUUAACAAAUUUUAUCUUUUGUUGUCAAUCUAUUUUUUACUCAACCCUGAGCAAAUUUUACUUAAUUUUAUUUAGAGUGUAACUCGAUAUCCGCCGAGUUACUAUUUUUUUAAUGAUUAGCGAGGGGUUUUGCCACCAAUGGAUAAUUAGUCAAAAACUUGCGUACAAAACACACGUGACGAAUUUGGUAGAUGAGAUUUUUAAUUAAUUUUAUUCAAAAUAAAACGUCAUCUUAAUCAAAAAUAGGAACCUCCUAUUUGUUUACAAGUUAUUUAGCUACUGCAUAAUUUUUACUGCAUAAUUACAUAAACCCUGUCAACCAAAAGGAAGAAGAUGGUGAAGCCAACAAUAACUUUUUGGGUGGUUACCCUAUUCACCUGCCUCGCGCAGGGUGACACCCGUGCCAUGGAGAGCGUGGAAUUCGACGGGUUCAACUACACGUGUCCCCCGCACUGCGACUACUGCACGGACGAUAAUACUUCCUGCCGCUAUUAUCCCGAUUCUAGAAACGAAGAGGGUGGGAUGCCGUUUUGGGUUAUCGGCCUCAUUAUCGUUGCCGCCUUCAUCGUUUGUUUCCUCUCACCGUGUGGAGUUUACUACUGUCGUCGAUACGACGUCUUCUACCUAUGCCGAUAUAAAUACCCGAAAGUGAUCUAUGUCGGAUUCGAUGGACCGUCACUCCCCUUAUGCGAGGAAGUAAAGCCGACCAAAUUUCAAAAAGCGGUUUGGACCUGUUUCUGUUGUAGCAAACCGGAAGCAGCAAACUCAAGGAUGCAAGAUGUUCAAGGACCACCCCCAUCAUUUGAGCGACAAGAAGAUACACAUGCCGCCAAUUAAUGACAACCCACAAAUUAAAUAUGAGUAGAAAGACAGCCACGUUUUUAACCUAAAUGUGAAUGUGUGGCCUAAUUUAUGUAUUUGGCUGGAUUUAAACUAGAAUUGAGACUAAUUAAUAAAUUUCUUAUGCACAUAA